GUAGUAAUUGCGAAAGGCACGAGAAGAAGAAGAAGUUGUGUUCUGCAUUAUUCUGCAACGCGUAAUUGGACUGCAGAAGGGAGAGGAGAGGAGAGGAGAGGGAACUGCAAUUCAAUUCUCUCUCUCCCCGGAACACCGCCACAGAAGACCAACCUCGUCUUUUCGAUUCAAAUCGCAAAUCUCUUGUCCAUCAAAAGAUGGUAGAAAAUGCUUCGAGAACAAACCUUAGCUGCCGACGAGGUUAUGACAUUGAGGAUGACUCCAUAGAUGGCAUGCCAUUAAAAAAUGACUCUGAAUGCUAUGAUGAUGAUGGCCGGGCCAAACGAACAGGAAACGUUUGGACUACAAGCUCCCACAUAAUAACAGCUGUGGUAGGAUCUGGGGUGCUCUCCUUAGCCUGGGCAAUAGCUCAGAUGGGUUGGAUUGCUGGUCCUGCAGUCAUGCUCUUAUUCAGCUUAGUCACUUUGUAUACUUCAUCCUUUUUAGCUGAUUGUUAUCGUACUGGUGACCCCUUAUUCGGAAAGAGAAAUUAUACUUUCAUGGACGCAGUUAGCAACAUUCUGGGCGGGUACAGUGUUACGUUCUGUGGGAUAGUUCAGUACUUGAAUCUUUUCGGAAGUGCAAUAGGAUACACAAUUGCGGCUUCCCUUAGCAUGAUGGCAAUCAAAAGAUCUAGCUGUAUCCAAUCCUCUGAGGGGAAAAACCCAUGUCAUAUUUCAAGUAACCCGUACAUGAUCGGUUUUGGCGCAAUACAAAUUUUAUUUUCUCAAAUUCCAGAUUUUCAUAACAUGUGGUGGCUCUCAAUAGUUGCUGCAGUCAUGUCUUUCGCCUAUUCCUUAAUUGGUCUCGCUCUUGGAAUUGCCAAAAUUGCAGAAACGGGAACGUUCAAGGGUAGCCUCACUGGAGUAGGUAUUGGAACUGUGACAGAGGCCCAAAAAGUAUGGGGCGUUUUCCAAGCUCUUGGUAACAUAGCCUUCGCCUAUUCAUAUUCUUUCGUUCUCCUUGAAAUUCAGGAUACCAUUAAAUCUCCCCCAUCUGAAGUAAAAACAAUGAAAAAGGCUGCAAAGUUAAGUAUUGCAGUGACCACAACAUUUUAUAUGCUUUGUGGCUGCACAGGCUAUGCUGCUUUUGGAGAUUCAGCACCUGGGAACCUUCUCACUGGAUUUGGUUUCAGUAAACUCUAUUGGCUUAUAGAUAUUGCUAAUGCUGCUAUCGUAAUCCACCUUGUGGGGGCAUACCAAGUGUAUGCCCAACCUCUCUUUGCCUUCAUUGAAAAGGAGGCAGCAAGAAGAUGGCCCAAAAUUGACAAGGAAUUCAAAAUCUCAAUCCCUGGUUUGCAACCGUACAAUCAGAACAUUUUUAACCUAGUUUGGAGGACAGUAUUUGUGAUCAUAACCACUCUUAUAGCAAUGUUGCUUCCAUUCUUCAAUGAUGUUUUGGGACUGAUUGGAGCAUUGGGGUUUUGGCCUUUAACUGUCUACUUUCCUGUGGAGAUGUAUAUCUUGCAAAAGAAGAUCCCAAAAUGGAGUACAAGAUGGAUUUGUCUUGAAUUGAUGAGUGUGGUCUGCCUUAUAGUAACAAUAGUUGCUGGUCUGGGCUCAGUGGUGGGUGUCUUGCUUGAUCUCAAGAAAUACAAACCACUCAGUUCAUACAAUUAAACCCCACAUAGCAUCUGUUGCCUCCUUGGGGAUAUAAGGAAAUGCUGAAGUUGGUGAUGGUUGUGAUCUUAAUUGUAUCAUUAUCUUAUAAGUUGUGCUUAAUCAAAAUUAUCCCUAUGUUAAUUUAAGAAAAAUCGGUACUUCAAAUAAUUGCUGUCCAAUAUAUUUUAGAUACUUCUAGUCUACAUUUUUUCAUUAUUUUGUACCGAUACAAAGGGUACGUCAUAAUGAUUAAAUCAAUUUAGUAAUUUUUUGUGCUAUAUUA